GCUAGACAAGAAGAUAAACUCACGUAGUCACGUUCGUUCUCUUCUCUUCAGACUCAGAAAUCUUAAAACAUUUCCAGAAUCCCAUUCGAAUUUGUAUCUUUAAUUUCAUACUUUCUUGGGAUUCUGAGAUCCAAAUAAGAAAGAAAGAAAUCACUUCAUAACAUUCUCAUGAACCCUGAAGUUUGUGUGGUGGUGGUUAUGGUCGACUUACGAUGUCAUGUCUCGUUUAUCGUUUUCGUUUUUUAUCAUGUUAUGGAUUAAUGGGUGUUGCAGAAGCCAGAAAAUAGUCCAAAAAAAAGAAUUUAUGCUGCAAAACUGGUGGUAUUGAAGCUCUGGAUAAGUGAGGGAUUGGUAUCAAUUUGUUUUUCUUUGUUAUAGACCUUAUCCAAAAAUGGGUUUCUGUUUCUUUAAUGCUAUCUUGAUUUUCGGUCUGUUUUUUAGGUCCUUUGUUUCCCAAAAUCCCAAUACAGAUGAUUUCUUUAUCUAUGAUUUCUUGCGAAGAAUGGGCUUAAAUUCCACUGAAGGGUAUGAUUUUUCUGGCUCUUUUUGUUCAUGGAAAGGGGUGUUUUGUGAUGCCAAAGGGGAAUAUGUUGUUAAGUUGGAGGCUUCUGGUUUGGAUUUAAAUGGUGUAAUUCCUGAUAACACCAUUGGAAAACUGAAAAAUCUGGAAUUUUUGGAUCUAAGCAACAACAAAAUUACUGGUCUGUCUUCUGAUUUUUGGAGUUUAAGUUCACUCAAGAAUCUUAAUCUUUCAUUUAACCAAAUUUCUGGAAUUCUUCCCAGCAAUAUAGGGAAUUUUGGGCAACUUCAAAGUUUGGAUCUUUCUUUUAAUAAUUUCUCUGGGAGUAUUCCUGAAGCCAUAAGCUCCCUAUUAAGUUUGCAAGUUCUUAAUCUCAGUACAAGUGGGUUUGAAUCAGUUAUACCACUGGGGAUUUCACAAUGCCGGUCGAUGAUUUCCAUUGAUCUUUCUAGAAACAAGCUUAAUGGUUCUCUUCCUAGUGGUUUUGGUGCUGCAUUUCCUAAGUUGAGAUUCUUGAAUCUCGCUGAAAAUGAGAUUCGAGGCCGGGAUUCGGAUUUUUCAGGGAUGGCAUUGAUCAGUUAUCUUAAUCUUUCAAGCAAUCUGUUUAAUGGUUCUGUUGUUGGUGUCUUUAAAGGACCAUUGGAGGUGAUUGAUUUGAGCAGUAAUCAAUUUCAAGGCCACAUUUCUCAGGUAAAUUUCCUAUCCAGCUUCAAUUGGUCGAGAUUGGUUUAUUUGGAUUUAUCUGAGAAUGAGUUUAGUGGGCACUUUUCCACUGACCUAAAUCUUGCUGAAAAUCUGAAACACCUUAAUCUUGCACACAAUAGAUUUAUCGAGCAACCAUUCUUGCAAAUUGACAUGCUCUCCAAUUUAGAGUAUCUGAAUUUGUCUGGAACUAAUUUGAUUGGUGAAAUUCCGAAUAAUAUAUCCCACAUGAGUAGUUUGAGAACGCUUGAUCUUUCCAAGAAUCACCUCAGCAACCAUAUUCCUCAGUUCAAUACCAAAAAUCUUCGAGUUCUAGAUGUUUCUUACAAUGAUCUAACUGGGGAGAUCCCUUUGAUGCUCUUACAAGAACUUCAGGAGAUGGAGAGCUUCAAUUUCUCGUAUAACAAACUAAGCUUUUGUGCUUCAAAAAUCUCUCCAGAAACCAUUCAAGUGGCUUUCAUUGGGUCAGUGAACAGCUGCCCAAUUGCUGCAAAUCCAGCUUUCUUUAAAAGAAAAGCUCCGAAACAUAGGGGACUUGAGCUUGCCCUGGCUCUUACCCUCUCCAUGGUUUGUUUAAUUUUUGGGUUGCUCUUUUUAGCCUUUGGUUGUCGAAGAAGAACCAGAAUGUGGGCUGUGAAACAAAAUUCCUGUAAAGAAGAACAAACCAUGUCGGGACCCUUUUCAUUCCAGACUGAUUCGACUACUUGGGUAGCUGAUGUUAAGCAAGUAACAUCCCUACCAGUGGUAAUAUUUGAGAAGCCACUGCUUAAUUUCACAUUUGCGGACCUUCUAUCUGCAACUUCUCAUUUUGAUCCGAGCACGUUGUUGGCAGAAGGGAGGUUUGGGCCAGUUUAUGCUGGAUUGUUACCAGGUGGAAUUCCUAUUGCUGUUAAAGUUUUGGUCCAUGGUUCGACCAUGACUGACCAAGAAGCUGCAAGAGAACUCGAGUAUCUUGGUCAAAUUAAGCAUCCCAAUCUUGUUCCAUUAACCGGAUAUUGCUUGGCUGGAGAGCAGAGGAUUGCGAUUUAUGAUUGCAUGGAGAAUGGAAAUCUGCAGAACUUGCUCUAUGAUUUGCCACUAGGGGUUCAAACUACAGAAGAAGACUGGAGCUCCGACACGUGUGAAGAAAAUGAAAAUAAUGUGAUACAAAAUGUUGGAUCGGAAGGUUCAAUAUUGACUUGGAGAUUUAGGCACAAAAUCGCUCUUGGCACAGCUCGCGCACUUGCAUUUCUUCACCAUGGCUGCUCGCCUCCCAUUAUUCACCGAGAUGUCAAAGCAAGCAGUGUUUAUCUUGGCUCAAACUUGGAGCCAAGAUUAUUAGACUUUGGACUGGCUAAAAUUUUUGGGAACGACCUCGAGGGUGAACAUUCACGAGGGUCAGUUGGAUAUGUGCCACCAGAGUUUCUUCAGACAGAGACCGGUACACCACAACCCCUAAAACCAAAAUAUGAUGUUUAUGGAUUUGGAGUUAUUCUUUUUGAACUAAUUACUGGGAAAAAGCCCGUUGGAGAUUAUUAUCCCGAGGAAAAAGAGGCCACACUGGUAAGUUGGGUACGAGGAUUAGUAAGGGGAAACAAGGGAUCACGAGCUAUUGAUCCAAAAAUAAAUGGAGAAGAAUCAGAGGAACAAAUGGUCGAGGCUUUGAAGAUUGGAUAUCUAUGUACUGCCGAACUUCCUUCAAAGAGGCCGAGCAUGCAACAAGUAGUUGGACUACUUAAGGAUCUUGAACCGAUCACACCAUAAUGAAGACACUUCAGAGGAAAAGAUGGAAUUAUUCGCAAUUUCUUUUCGUUUUCUUUUAGCUAUGCUGCCUUGACGGAAAUGCAUAGCAGCCACCCUAGCUCGUUUGUGAAUUUGCUUUUUUUCUCAGUUAACAACAUUGUUGGUGGCUAAAUCCUAAAUGCUUAAGUUUUACAAUUAUGUUUGAUCCUUAAA